CUCCCUUGCAUAUGGCUUCUUACUACCUCAACCCUUACUAUUUCUAUAGGGAUGAUGUAGUGAAGAAUUGCAAAAGGGCGAAAGAUGGAUUUCUAGAUGUGGUGGAGUUGUUCUAUCCUGAUGUAGAGCAACAAGUUGAAAUUCAUACUCAAGAGUUGGAGAGAUACAGAGAAGGAAAGGGUUCAUUUGCUAGGAUUGGAGCGGUGAAGGCUAGAGAGAAAUCAGACUUGAACCCAGCUAAUUGGUGGUAUUUGCAUGGUGGUGAUUGUCCCUUCAUGCAAAAUAUGGCUAUGAAACUUCUCAACUUGACAAGCAGCUCUUCUGGUUGUGAAAGGAAUUGGAGCACAUUUGAGGGGAUUCAUACGAAGAAGAGGAAUAGAUUGGAAUCGAAGAGGUUAGAGGAACUGGUCUAUGUGAAGUUUAACUCAAAGCUCAACCAGAAGAAGAGGAGAGGAGAAAACAAGAACCUACUACUAUCUACUGAUCGUAGUAAGGCACGAGCAUGGAUCCUAGAAGGAGCAGGCUCCGAUGAUGAGGAAGAAGUUCAUCCUGGCUCAGGUCUUACUUGGAGGAUGGUAGAGGGUAUAUCGGGAGCGGCUGAGGCUGCGGAGAAUAGGAGUUCUAGGCUAGCAGGACCUUCAAGUGCUUCUACUUCAGUGAUAGAUGAUGAAGAAGAGCCUCUUGUCUCGGAUGAUGAUGUUUCAGACGAAGAGGAGGAUUGUGUGGAGAUGGAUUCUGGAGAGGAUAGCGAUGAUGGAGUAGAGGAGGAACUUCAUGAUGAUGAUGAUGUUUGAUGAUGACAUUAGAUUAGAUGCAUAUUGCUAAUUCAUUAUAUUACAUCUAGACUAUUCCUGUUUGACUAUCUUUUUGCUGAUAUUUUGGGACAUAAACUUCUAGUUAUUGGAUAUUAUAUGCCUUGUCAUUUAGUAUGUAUGCAUCUUUGAUUGACUAUUAUACUUUGGAUAGCAUAUGUGUUGUGUUGGUAUUUUUGUAUU